AGUUCUUUCGAGAAACCCACCUCGCAAUGUCCGCUGGAUUGAUUUCCCAGUUCAAGGAAGCGACACAAACGGCAAGGGCCACGCUCCGGCCAUGGGGUGAGCUCCUGGAGCCCACCUCACUCAGCCUCCCCUCCAGUCUAUCUGACGCGACGACCCGACUCGCCCAGAACUUGACCCACUUCCGCUCCAACUACGCCCUGAUCGCCCUGAUCGUUCUCUUCCUCAGCCUCCUCUACCACCCGUUCUCCAUCAUCGUCUUCUUGAUUGUCUUCGCCGCGUGGCUCGUGCUCUACUUCUCGCGUGACCAGCCCCUCGAGGUGUUCGGGUUUGUGGUCCCGGACCGAGUCGUGAUGGUUGUUCUUGCGGUGGUGACGGUGGUGGCUCUGGUCCUGACUCACGUGUGGGUCAACGUCGUCGUUUCGGGGGUGAUUGGGGUCGUUUUGAUUGGGCUGCAUGCGGUGUUUAGGGGGACGGAGGAUCUUGUUAUGGACGAUCAGGAAUCGCCGUAUGGGGCUCUGCUCUCGGAUGAUGCUGACCCAAGUGGGAAUUACACCAUUAUGUGACUGUUUCUCUCCAAAUUUUAUAAGAUGGUAGCAUUUCUUCGUUCUUCGAUCAGGUACCUGUGUCUCAGACAAGCCUCCGAUGGGGGUCAACCUCUAACCAACAUAUCCAGUUGUGAUGUCGUUCUUCCUUCAGAAGUCUGAAAUUGUGUAUCCACCACCGUAGUUGAUGUUCGGCACUUCUUCCCGGUUCAAAUCACAUUUUUUGGGGUUGUAUAUACCAUUGUUUUCUCAUGGUAAAUCAUGGGUCGCAUUGUCGGACCGUGCCAUCGUGGAAUACAUUGGAACCUUGCAAAUUGUGAAAGUUUAACUGCAAAUUUUUGUAGUAAUCGUUUAUGUAUGCUGUGGUGAUGCCUUUUCGUUUUCAUACGUAUUGUAAGUGUAUUUUAUAGGAAACAACUUCUGACAAUCUGCUUUAUGUACUUGAGUCAAAAUUAGAAAUAAACCAAAAGGACUAUUUUUAUUA